AGGGACAUCCAAAGGUGCAGGCUCACGUCCUAUCAUGAAUUUUGCCUUUGUCGUCCUGCAACCAUCCAACCCAAUCUUCAUUUUUCCUUCACCCAACUCUUCACUUAUCCCCGUUCUAUCAUUUUCUUUCAUUUCAUAUAGUAUAUAUCAGUAGAGAGAACAGUAAAAGUUAUCUUCAUGGAGUAGUACACACCAUUUGACAUCCUGAUUAUGUAUAGUAAUUUGAAACACGGAGAUUUCAAGUGGAGUUCCGUAGUCAUUUCAUUUGAAAAUGGUUCGGCCAAAAUUCGGUGAAUGUUUGUUGGGGGCUUGGAGUGACGUUUGCUACUACUGACGGAUUUUCAGUAAUAGCGGUGAUCCGUUUUGUCGGCUACGGUCUGUGAUCUUCAGCACGCCACUCGCGCUGCGCCCACCAUUAUGCAUGGCAAAGCCUUCUGCCACGUCGGCGGCGGCGGCGCCGCCGGCGGCGAGGGUGCUGAUCGGUGCCAGCGUCAACGUGGCCUUCUUGCUCCUGCUCGCCUUCUUCUUCUUCAUCUCGCCACGCGGCGGCUCGCCGCCGGAGGUGGUUUCGUCGUCGAAGGAGGUCGGGAUCCGGGGGCGUCGCGAUGGCGGCGGCAGCGGCGGCGGCGGCGUGUUCCGGGUUGAGAGCUACGGGGAGAGGUGCGAGCACGUCGGCGAGGAGGAUGGCCUUGAUCGCCGGCGAUUCCCGCGUGGCUACGUCGACUACCUGUACCUGUUCGACUGCGUGUUCGGCGAGGAGCGGCGGGUUCUUGGCUACGCCGUGAUGGCGGCGUGGCUCGCCGUGCUGUUCUACCUGCUCGGCGACACGGCGGCGGUGUACUUCUGCUCCAGCCUCGAGGGCCUCUCGCGGCUGCUCCGCCUCUCCCCGGCGAUCGCCGGCGUGACGCUCCUGUCGCUCGGGAACGGCGCGCCCGACGCGCUCUCCACCAUCGCGUCGUUCGCCUCCGGCGGGGGAGAGGGGGAGACCACCGCCGUGGGGCUCAACGGCGUGCUGGGGAGCGCGAUGCUCGUGUCCUCCGCGGUGCUCGGCGUCAUCGGCGUCCGCCUCGGCGCGCGCGGGGUCGCCGUGGACAGGGUGGACUUCUACCGCGACGCGUCUUUCCUCCUCGCCGCCCUCGCCGCCGUGGCCGUCGUCCUCGCCGCCGGCGAGGUGACAAUCUGGGGCGCCCUCGCCUUCACCUCCCUCUACGUCGUCUACGUCGUCGCCGUCGCCUUCACCCACGGCCGCGCCCCGAGCAAAGGCCACGGCGCGGAGGCGGACCACACGGCGGACGCCUUCUCCGAGCUCUGCAACGUCGCAGAGACGAAGUUCUACGGCGACCAAGAACCACUCCUCCCCGACACUGCACCGCUACUCAGCUACUACCCCGGCGACGGCGACGGCGACGGAGGCGGCGGCGGCGGCGGCUCCAAGAAGAAGAUCAGGAGCGCGUUCUGGUCGGUGUUGCGCGCGCUGGAGCUCCCACUAUGGCUUCCACGGCGGCUGACCAUCCCGGACGCGAGCAAGGAGCGGUGGAGCAAGCCGGCGGCGGUGACCGCGGUCACCAUGGCGCCCGUCCUCCUCUCCCACCUCUGCAGCCGCGCCACCGGCAUCACCUCGCCCCUCGCUGUCCUCCUCGGCGUCCUCGCCGGCGCGUCCCUCGGCGCCGUCGCCUUCUUCACCACCUCCCCGGACGCGCCCCCAGCCGACCACCUCGCCGCCUGGCUCGCCGCCGGGUUCGUCAUGAGCGUGGCCUGGGCGUACGCCGUGGCGACCGAGCUCCUCGCGCUGCUGGUCUCCGCGGCGCACGUCAUGGGCGUCGACUCGGCGGCGCUGGGGCUCACCGUGCUCGCGUGGGGGAACUCCCUGGGCGACCUCGUCGCCAACCUCGCCGUGGCGUCGCGCGGCGGCGGCGGCGGGGGCGCGCAGGUGGCCGUGGCCGGGUGCUACGGCGGGCCGGUGUUCGACGUGCUCGUGGGCCUCGGCGUGUCGAUGUUGCUGUCGUCGUGGGCCUCGCAUCCGCGGCCCGUGGCAAUGCCGGCGGAGGCCGGCCCAUUCCAGACGCUGGGCUUCGCCGCCGCGGGGAUUUGCUGGGCCGUGGUGGUGAUGUCCAGGAGAGGGAUGAGGGUGGACAGGACGCUGGGGUUUGGGCUCCUGGCCAUUUACUUGUGCUUUCUUUGCAUCAACAUUUCUCAGGCACUUGGACCGGUAUGAACUUUUUUUAUUUUUUUUAUUCUUUUCAUAAGGGGCCCGGUUGGCCACCAUUUUGUGUUGGCCCCUCCGCGCAUUGCAACGAAAAUUUUAAGGGAAAUGUUACAGGACAGUA